AUGAAGUUCACAACGAAACAGAGCCCAACCGUCGAAGCUCUCGAGGUCACUUCAAUAGAGGACCAACAUCAGAAGAAAUCUAAAUUUGUCGCAGAUGGUCACACGGUUCGAAGGUUACGUCGUCGUCACAUCGAUCUUAUCAGUAUCGGAGGAUCCGUCGGCACAGCAAUGUUUGUCACUAUUGGAGCUUCCUUGUCCACGGGUGGACCAGGAAAUCUCUUGGUGGCAUUCGUGCUCCAUGCUUUUGUGAUGUAUAUCGUCACUGUUUCGAUAGGAGAAGUUGUCUGUUACCUUCCUGUUGACUCGCCUUUUAUCACGCACGCUGGACGUUUCGUUGAUCCCGCCUUGGAGGCCUGCUUUGGAUACAACUUUUACCUGCUCAUGGCUCUCUAUGUUCCAUUUGAAGUGACAUCCGUUAAUAGUAUGAUACAUUUCUGGACAGAAGACUAUUCGGCAGCGGCAUCGAUUGUUCCGAUGAUUGUUUCCUACGUCAUCUUGAACAUCUUUGCUGUGAGAUGGUAUGGAGAAUCUGAGUUUUUCUUAUCCAUCGGAAAGGUCAUCCUUGCGGUCGGAUUGAUGCUAUUUACCCUCGUCACAAUGUUGGGUGGAAACCCAAACCACGACAGAUAUGGUUUCCGUAAUUUUGGAAACUACGACGAUGCUUUUCCUAAGUAUCUUGGAAACAGAGCGAACGCUUUCUGGUCUGCAUACGCGAAGGCAGUGUUCAGUCAGGCUGCUCCAGAGUAUUUGGGUAUGGUUGCAGGUGAAGCUGAAAACCCAAGGAAAACCAUGGCAGUCGCAUUCAAAAGUAUUAUUUUCAGACUGCUUUUCUUCUACGUGUUUGGAUCGCUUUGUGUUGGCAUUGUCCUGAAACACAAUGACCCUACAUUAGUCAAUGCUGUUGCGGAAGGUGCCGCUGGUGCUAAUGUCUCACCUUACGUCAUCGCAAUGAGAAACUUGAACAUCAGGGUGCUGCCUCAUAUUGUCAACGUUCUGUGUAUGCUGUCCUCCUACUCUGCUGGAAACUCAUACAUGUAUUGCGGGUCCAGAUCCAUGUUCGCCCUCGCCAAGAGAGGCCUUGCUCCAAAAUUCUUUAGCAUAACGACAGAAAGUGGGGUUCCGAUUGUGGGUUUGGCACUAUCAACGUGUUUUGCGUGCCUAUCGCUUCUACAACUUGGAAGCUCGGCUUCGGUUGCUCUGAACUGGUUGAUUAAUUUGACAACAGGUGCUCAAGUUCUCAACUACUUCUACAUGAUGAUUGUUUACCUUGGGUUUUACAGAGCCUGUAAGGCUCAGGGUUUGGAUCGGUUAUCUCUACCUUUGCAGACAUGGGUCACCAAGUUGCAACCAUUUCCCGCUAUUUUUGGGCUUAUCGUCACAUUCUUGAUUAUUGCUUUCCUGGGAACAUUUGCUUUCAUUCCUUCUUUUGAUGUCGAUUCGUUCCUUUACUACUACUUGAUGUUCUUCCUGAACAUCGCAAUUUUCCUGAGCUGGAAGAUUAUUAAGAAAACCAAGUUUGUUAAUCCUGCAACAGCUGACUUGACCACUGGCUUGAAGGAAAUUGAGCAUCAUGAGGAGGAGUAUUAUGAGAGAAUGCAAAACUCCAAGAUCAAACCUGACAGUAAGUUCGAUAAGGUGUUGUCUUGGCUUCUCUAA